ACUUCUCUGCACAAGUAUGUGUGUGUGUUUUAGGAUUCACCAGCCAGCUGUGGUGUUCAUAGACGAGAUAGACUCCUUGCUGAGUCAGCGCACAGAGACAGAACAUGACAGUUCUCGCAGAAUCAAAACUGAGUUCCUAGUCCAACUGGACGGGGCAGGUACAGGAGAAGAUGACCGUAUCCUUGUGAUAGGAGCAACCAACAGACCCCAGGAGCUGGAUGAGGCGGCACGCCGUCGGCUAGUCAAAAGACUGUACAUUCCCCUCCCAGACCCACCGGCAAGAUGUCAGAUUGUGCGUAACCUUAUGUCUACGGAGAGGAAUGAGCUAACAGAGGAGCAGAUAGAGCUAAUAGCUUCUCUUACCGAAGGCUAUUCGGGGGCUGACAUGAAAAACGUUUGCCAGGAAGCUUGCUUGGGCCCAAUACGAUCCAUCAGUUUUACAGAAAUGCAGCGCAUUGCACCAGAUCAGGUACGCCCUGUGACAGUGGAAGAUUUUAAGUCUGCUCUGUCCCGAGUUCGAGCCAGCGUCUCCCAGUCAGACUUGGAGUGUUAUGUCUCCUGGGACCAGACUUAUGGCUCGGGAGGGGCCCCCAAGUAGCUAGCUGAUAUACUUGUCUAACAUUCUCAAUAGACUUUAAGCUAUUUUAUGUUUGUUAUAAUAAAGUACAUUUUCAUACA